CCUCCCUCGCCGUGCGCUGUGGUCCUCCUCUGCGCGCUCUGGGUUUCUCCUCGGACAAACUGCGGCGGAGCGCUGGAUCACCAAAAAAAGGAUCGUCAAACCUGUUUAGAGGUACCGGGUUUGGGGCCGGAGUGGUUCGGUGUUAGUUUAUCAGGGGAGUGGGGUGUUGUAUUUUUUAAGUUUGUAGGUUUUUCUGCAGUUUGAACAUGGAGACUCUCAGAGGUCUCCUCGCGCUGCUGUGCGUUUUGGUGGCUGGAGCGCAAACGCAGAGCCUAAGAGCCAGGUUUGCGGAUUGUCCCGUUGACCUCUUCUUUGUUCUGGAUACAUCGGAGAGUGUCGCCCUCAGACAGAAACCUCCAGAGUUCUACAUUGGGCAGAUCAAAUCAUUCACCAAUCGGUUUAUUGAUGAACUCCGGGACAUGCGUCACCGCUGUGACCGCGUCCUGACAUGGAACUCAGGCGCUCUGCACUACAGUGACGACGUCCAACUGGUGCGUGAGCUGAGGGACAUGAACACCGAACGUGAGGCCCUGAAGAAGGCCAUCCUCGACAUCCAGUUCAUUGGCAAGGGAACAUACACCGACUGUGCCAUCAAGAGGGGUCUGGCUGAGCUGCUUGUCGGAGGCUCUCACUACCAUGAGAACAAAUACAUCGUGGUGGUGACUGACGGUCAUCCCAUCACCGGGUACAAGGAGCCGUGUGGUGGUGUGCAGGAGGCCGCAAAUGAGGCCAAACAACAUGGAGUCAAAGUGUUCGCUGUCGCCAUCUCACCUGACCAGGAGGACACCAGGCUGUCUCUUAUCGCCACUGAUCAAACCUACAGACAGAACUUCACCGCUGCAGACGACUCCAGAUCCACACAUAUGGGAACCAUCCGAACUAUCAUUGAUAUCAUCACCAAUGAAACAAAAGAUACGUGUUGCUCCUUUGACUGCAAUGCUAAAGGAGGGCCUGUAGGACCACCAGGAGAUCCUGGCUCCAAGGGAGAAAGAGGCAGACCAGGGAUGCCUGGAGAGAAAGGAGAUGUUGGUAACUUGGGCAAUGUUGGAGAUCCCGGUCCUAUUGGUUACAGUGGAAUGAAGGGAGACCGUGGAACCAGAGGAGAAAAGGGAGAAAGAGGUCACAAAGGCUAUAAGGGAGACAAAGGUUACAGAGGAAACGACGGAAUCGAUGGACGAAAGGGUGAACCUGGUUUCCCUGGUCUCCCCGGCUGUAAAGGAUCACCUGGAGCUGAUGGUCUGCAGGGAGAGCCCGGACCAAAGGGAGACCCUGGUUCAUAUGGACUGAAAGGAGCAAAAGGAGAUCCUGGAAGAGAUGGAGAACCAGGACGGCCCGGAAACUACGGCGCCAUGGGACCUCAGGGAGAUCGAGGCCCUCGUGGUCUUGAUGGGGACAAAGGAGAGCGCGGUGAUGAUGGUACACAGCCCACUCCAGGACUUCCCGGGGAGAGAGGACAAAUCGGAGAGAAGGGCGAGCAGGGAUCCCGUGGAAACAGAGGGCCAAGAGGAGAGCCGGGGGAGCCAGGAAACCGAGGAGAUCAGGGGAGGGAGGGCUCAGCCGGCCCCAACGGAGACCCUGGCGAGCCUGGCAAGCCCGGGUCUCCUGGCUACAGAGGAGAUGAGGGCCCACUUGGACCUGAGGGAGCCAAAGGACCGAAAGGAAUCAAAGGAGCUCCAGGAGACAGAGGCCCAUUAGGGGAGAGGGGAGAGGAUGGUGUACCAGGAAACGGCACUGUAGGAUGUAACGGUUUCCAGGGUUAUCCUGGGCCCCGGGGAGACCCUGGUGAGCCGGGUGGAAAAGGAACCCCUGGACCUAAAGGAGACGACGGAGAUCCUGGAGAUCCCGGCCCUGAUAACAAUGAACCUGGACUUCCAGGACUUAAAGGAGCCAAAGGUCACAGAGGACCUGAGGGCAGACCGGGACCUCCUGGGCCUCCUGGACCACCAGGAACUGAUGAAUGUGAAAUUCUGGAUAUCAUCAUGAAGCUCUGCUCUUGUUGUGAGUGCAAGUGUGCAUCUCUGGACCUGGCGUUCAUCGUAGACAGCUCAGAGAGUAUCGGUGCCACAAACUUUGCCCUGGCCAAAGAUUUUAUCAUCACAGUGGUCGACAGACUGAUCAAAGACCAGCAGGUCAAGUUUGCAGCCAAUGAGUCCAAGGUGAGCGUGGUCCAGUACAGUGGAUCCAAGGCACAGGAAGUCGUCCAACUGGGCGUCACCGUGAAUUCACUCACCGACUUCAAACAGGCAGUGAAAGACCUGCGCUGGCUGGCUGAAGCCACCUACACCGGAGAGGCUCUCGACUUCGCUCUGACCAACACGAUCAAGCUGAUGCAGCAGGAGAACCGCGUCGUUCUCGUUCUCACUGACGGACGCUCUGAUAUUACCAGAGACAAGGUUCCCCUCAAUGUACUCUGUGGUAACAACAUCCGGGUGGGCGGUUUAGGAGUAAAAGACUACACAGGCCGUCAGCCCAACCAGGAGCAGCUUGAAGACGUCGUUUGUAAGAGCGAUCCUAAACCAGGCUUUUCUUUCGUCCUGGACAACUUUGCAGAACUGCUCGACGACACUUUCCUGCAGAACCUCACCGAAAAAAUCUGCCAAGAUAAGAAAUGCCCAGACUACAAAUGUCCCAUCAAGUUCACUGGCAGUGCUGAUGUUUUGAUAAUGAUGGACAGCUCAGCCAGUGUGGGCCAGAAGAACUUUGAAACAAGCAAGACCUUUGUCAAACGCUUGGCCGAGCGUUUCCUGAAUGCUGAGAAGGAGCGGGGUGCGACAGUCAGGGUCGGUGUGGCUCAGUAUAGCCGCGGCGCCCGCAUGGAGCAGGCCUUGACGACCAACCUGACUCUGUUGUCCAACAAAAUCGAGGAGUCCACCUUCCAAAAUGAUGGCACAAACGUGUUAGAGGCCAUGGAUUUUGCAGCAAAGAAUCUACGCAGCCGAGGGGAUGCAUCCGGAGGUGGGAAGAAACUGGUGCUGUUCUCUGACGGCAGGUCCCAGGCCAUCACCCAGGCCGUGUUGGAUAAGCGUGUUCAAGAGUUGGCGACCGCAGGCGUAGAGGUCUUUGUCGUCGCCGUAGGCAGUCAAGUCAAUGAGGCCAACCUGCGCACAUUGGUGAGCAGGGGGCGUCUGGAUGACAUCACCUAUGCCCAGCGCCACCUGUUCCGUGUCGCAGACUACCCCUCUCUGCUCCGCGGGGUCUUCCACCAAACCGUCUCCCGCAGGGUUUCCUUGCCCUAAGCGCAGGGCUCCCAACAACAGGACCAACACGCUUUAGAUCUUUAGUCACAAUAUAAAUACACAGUCUCACUCAUUUACAAAACACUGUUUAAAUAAACCAAUGUCACAAACGACAGUUGAUUGUGUGGCAGACCAAUGGAAAUGUCUAUGAAAUUCCUAUGGGACUUUUUACCCUCAGUUUUGCCUGAAAGGUGGACCAUCUCAGGCAGGGAUCAUUUAAGGAUAAACAAGAUAAUGGUGCUUAUCUAAACCUUUUCAGAGUUUAGAGCUGGUUUGACACUUCACAUCUGGAAGGAACAGCUGCCUGCAGGGCAAAGCUCAGGGUGAAAAAGUCCAAAAUCAGUGAAAGUGAGUUUUUCGGUCCUGGAGAGUCAUCAGAAAUGUCCACCUUCAAACCAAAUUUUUAAAACCCACAUGGCUGUUUUUUUCUCAGGUAUUCUGCAUCCCUGUUAUCACUUUUAGCUAGUCUGACCCACACUUUUAAGUUGAGCUAGUUUGAGUUCAAAAUGGUUAAUCAAAGCUAAACUCUGAUGCCUCUCCAGGACUGACGCUCCGGAUAUUUGAAGGAUUUGUCAUUUUGGUUUUAUUGUUUAUGUAAUUUGUGCUCCCCUUUCAAGUGGUGUCUGGUUUUUGGUGUCUCAGUUUUACUUACUUACUGUGUAAAAAGAUAACCAUCCAUCUGUGAAUUAGAGUCUUGAUGCUGUCCUGAAAAGAUUGUUAACUCGAUAAGUGUUUGUUUUAGUUUCGUCCUCAUAAAGAUAAUUCAAAGGCCAUUAAAACCUGGUGAGACCUCAAACCCGACAUCACUUGAAAGCUUCAUUAGAUCACCAAAUCGACAGAGAAAACAGGACAUGACAUCAGGCAGACUCAACCAAACCAUCAGAUCUUCACCUGGUACUAAUGAGAACCCGCCAGCUGGACUCAACAUGUGCGAUCCGCUCUGUGUGAGCGUGUCAGCUCCUCAUUGCAAACAUCACAUGUGUGUCUGUGGAGGUGAUUUUUUAUGUGUGGCCUUGGGCGACUGUUCCAUAAACAGUUGUGCUGGGGUCACUGGUUCAGAUGACAGAAUGACAGAAACUUGCUCUUUAUUGUUUAAAGCCUCUGUCAAACACACGGGCACACACAACUUUGCACUUCUUCAGUGAGGUAGGAAAGCAUCUGCGCCAGUUAAACCUAAAGGAAACUAGCAGGAGGAGACUAGUAGAAUUUCCUCUCACACUGAAAACAUAUAAAGAUGAAACACUUUAAAUUGAAAGAUCCACACGCUCAGAUUUUGUCAUCAGUGUCUCAGAGUCACUUUACUGCUAUUAUCUGUGGUGCUAUUAGUCUCAGUGUAACAGACUCUACCCAUGUUUUAAAGAAGAUAUUUUUUACUUGAGGAUUCAACCUCAGUCGUGUUGUAAGAGCUCCUUCAAUAAAGGUUGCCACACCAAAA